GAGAUAUUUGGGAACAACGAAGAGAAGUGUUGUUACUUCUUCACGGAGCUGAAGAAGAAGACGGCCAAAGGGAAACGAUUUGCUCGCACGGUUGGGAAGGGGAAAGGUUUGUGGAAAGGUCAAGACAAAGGCAAACCCAUUCAAAACCGUGAAGGAAAAGUUAUCGGAUACAAGAGAAGUUUAAGGUACGAGAAUGUAGGAUCGAUUCAACAUGGUCGAUGGCUCAUGAAAGAAUACAGUCUUUUUUCUCCUCAGGAUUAUGUACUACGCCGGAUUAAAAGGCUGGAUCACACACCAACUACGACAGCUGUUUGCCAAAAUCAACAGAAUGAGGAUGAACAUAUCAACAACAACAGGCAAAAAAAGGUAGCAGACACCCUUGAUAGCAAUCUUUGUUUUGAUCCUGAAGGCCUGAUGAUUGAGAUUGACAAUGUGGAUGGUUUCCUUGAGGACCUGAUGCUUCACAACUUGGAAUCUGCAACCAUCCCUCUUGGAACAUCGCCAUUGCAUAUCAAUUCAGAAGCUGAAUCAUCCAUCUACAACCAGUACAGACAGAUUCUUCUAGGCAAUGGGUGUUGA